CUGCUGCUUGAUGCUCCGCCGAAACCUGGUACCACUCAUCUUUGAAUUCAUCAUAGUACAACCGCUUAUGAGCACGAAAGGUUUUGUAGGACAGUAGCUUGUUGCAGUGAGGACAAAAACGCCGGUCGGUGUAGGAACAAGACGGCACGACACGGCCAUGGCGGUAAAAGCUCGCGCACGCGCAUAUAUUCACACGUGAAAAACACGUGAUGCAAUAUUGGCGCCAAAAUCGUAGACAGAGUUAGUAGGGGGACACGUAUAUACUUCGAUCGCUGGUCCGUACGUGCGAUGGCCUGGUGCGCCAAAGGAAGAGGUAAUCGCGAGUUAGAGGGUGGAUAUCUUCUCAGUGACUCUGAUUCUGAAGAAGAAGGCCUCGUCGACGACGACUCCAUGAACGAUACCGAUCCUCCGCUCGACUCCGAACUUGAACUGGACCCUGCAGAUGAGGAACUGCACCAUGAACCCUGAAGAAGAUGAGUCGCCCCCGGAACUGGACGAUCAGCCGACGAAGCGACGUCGAGUGGAAGAGCCACCUUCGGGUCCCGUGAACCAGGGGUGUCGUUCAACACCUCGUGCUCCAAAAACAAGGGCUAUUGUCUGCUGGGCAUACUCCUGUUAUUCGGAGGAACGUUUCUUCUCAGCCAAAGACCCUUAAUAUGGACUCAGGAAAGAAGGAUGGUGAUGAGUCGCUCUCUUCAGUGCUUGGCAAUAUCACCAAUAUGCUAUAGCUAGGAGCUGUUAUUGAAAGGCUCGACAAGACAGAAUCAAAACUUGAAUCUAUGGAGCGGAAACUCAAUACACCUUCCUCUUCCAGUGCUGGGUCUGGGACGGAUAACAGGAAGGUCCCAACAAUUGUCAGGACCGAGACCAGGAAGAUUUACAAGACUUUGCUUGAUGGUGACGAAUUCACUGGGUUUGAUCUUUCCCCUGGAACAACGUACAAGGACAGUGUAAACCAGAGUGUAGCAAAACUGCUCGUGAAGGAAGUGUGCACAACUCAUGAAAUUCUCUCAUGCUUACUCUGGUUCUUUUUGUGUUGCAGCUGCUGCCUACACUUAUUACAAAAGCCUCUGUCAAGAUGAGACACAGAAAAGAAAGGGCAUCUAUGCUAAAAGGAAAACGCAGUGCCGUCGCCGAGAAAGGGUCGUCAGGGUAAGUGUAACACGAACAUGCUUUGCUCACAUUUUUAGGCAUGCAGU